AUGGCUGUGGAAAACAGGACUCGUGUAGCAGCAACAACAACACGAACUGUCACAGAUCGAGAAUUCGCACCGCAUCGCUUCACGAGUCGCAACAACAUAACCAUAUUGCACGAAGUCAAUAAUGAGGAGCCACCGAUCACGUUGAAUACGCACGAAGUGUUGCCGUUGAAGCCCUUUAAGAAGAAGACCUACAGGCCGCUGGAGAAGACGGCGACGAGCAACCUAGAGUAUGUGAAGCCGCAGCAGCCAUUAAAGGAGUUCGAGCUGCAUCCGGUGACAUUUGAUUUCAAUUUGGGUGAUCUGGAGGAUCUGGAACAUGAGACCAUUAAGAAGGGGGAUCUCAGCAGUGAGGAACAGCAUCUAUUGCACAUCGAUGAGGCGGCUGAGAUUAGUUACAAGCCCAAUAAUCCAGAUGACGGUUUAACGGAGCUUCCUACGGUCUCAAUACCAACCCUAGAGGUGCUCAGCACAACUGAAGAAGCCAUAUCGACAAGGACAACAACAACAACAACGACAACAGCCCCAGAUACUCACAUAUUGAAAAUAUUACGCAACAAGCCCGCCAAAAAGGGGCGUGAGCUGCUCAAGCAGCAACAAUCUGAAGAUGAUAUGCAACUGAAGACCUUGGGAAGCACCAUUAACAGCAUCAGUCGCUAUUUGGGCAACAACUCGACGGCCAGCCUCAACACAUCCAAUGCGGAGAGCUUAUAUGGUUCGGCCAACUAUUUCCAAAUCGUAACGAACCUCUUCGAUCAUUUCUACUGGCAAAUUGCCGAAAUUCGCACCAAUGUCCGCACCGGAUGCGGUCUCGAGAUGCAGGCCUAUCUCACGGCCCUUCAUGCCAGCUACGAGUGGGCACAACGAGCCUACGAUGCUUCGGGACGCUAUCGUGGCCAAUUAUUCUUUGGCAAUGACAAGUGGCUGGGCCAGUUACCCUUCUGCCAUGAACUGAAUCGACAACAGCCCAGCAGCGGCGAACGCAAGCACUUCGAGCUGGAAUUCUUUGUGGCUAACAUUGUGCUACAUCUACCUAAGCUCAAUAGAUCGCUGUUGCUGAGCUUGGGUGAGUGCCUGCCGAAAUCAUGUUCGGCCCAUGAUGUGAAAUCUAUACUGGCGUUGGAUCCCUAUGCCCGUAUGCUCACCGUUCUGGGGGCACACAACGCCUCCGUCCAGCAGCCACCCGUGCAGGUGCUUCAGGUGCGCACCGUGCCGGGCCUCUAUAGUUACUGGCGCGAGUUGAAAUUUCAAGUGUUCAUAAGCUUUCUUUUGACACUAUUGCUGAUCGUGAUCCUGGCCAGCUGGUAUCAGCUUAAGAUCGAUGAGCGUCGUCUAGUCGCAGCCCCCAUACCGGCCAUCAGUGCGAAAUGCGACAUGCCAACUAAGAGCGGAGACUAUGAGUCCUACUAUGGCAAACCUUUUGAGCUCUUUCAAAUGCGUCCGCUCGGCAGUAACGGGAUUGUGAGCUCAGACAAUGUCCUGGACAUGGAUGUGAAUGGUAACAGGCAGCGUGGCACAGCACAGGAAAGUGUCACAACGGAAUCCUUGCCAGCAGAAACUGGGGCUGGACCAGUUCCGGUCGUCAGUGGCCAAGCGGUGAAGCGUCACGAAAAGACUGAGAUGACAGACUAUCAAGUGGAGACCGGCAGCUGCACUGGCGUCGCUGGCACUUACGAAGCGGAGCAGCCCAUAGCUCUACAUCAGCAAAUUUUAUUGUGCUUUGCGUUUCAAACAAAUGCCAAGACCAUACUCAACAUUGAGAAAACCAAGGAGUCGUAUACAUCUUGUUUGCAUGGAUUGCGCGUAUUCUCUGUGCUUUGGACCAUGAUGGUGCAUACAUAUUUACAAAUAUUUGCCAUUGGCGAGAAUAAAUUUGAACGCGUCAUCACCGAACGUUCUGUGUGGUAUCAAGUCAUAGGCAAUGCCACAUUCUCUGUGGACUCUUUCUUCUUCAUCAGCGGCCUGCUGGUAACAUUGUUGUAUCUGAAGCAAGAACGCAAGCAUCCCGCAAAGCCCGAUGCCUUCAUACAGCGAACUUGUCUCGACACUCUGAUGAUGCUCCUAUAUCGUUAUCUGCGCCUUACACCCGUCUAUCUUUUUGUCGUACUCUUCACUGACUUUGCAGUUAGACAUGGUUUGGAUGCGUCGGUAUUCCAACCGCCCAUGAUGCGCCCCAACGCCUGCCGCCUCUACUGGUGGCGCAACAUUCUCUACAUCAACAACUAUUUUCCCCAGAAGGAGAUGUGCAUGAUGUGGAGCUGGUAUAUGGCCAAUGAUAUGCAGUUUUAUGUGAUGGCCGCCUUACUUCUGGCAUUCUCCAGAAAAUACUUUAAGGCCGUGACGAUAACACUCAUUGUAUUUUUACUGAGCUCGUGGGCCAUUUCGGGUCUCAUCUCCCUAGAGCAUCAGUACACACACAAGGUGGCCUUGCCCUUUGAGUCCUUUGACUUUUUAUACGAUAAACCUUGGCAGCGUGUGGGCGCCUAUAUCGUGGGUAUGUUUGCUGGCUAUGUGCUCUACAAGAUUAAGACACCGCCAAUCAUUUCGACACGCCUCAAUGCACUGCUUUGGAUCGGUAGUCUGGGCCUGCUGAUUGUCGUGGUCUUUGGCGUAUGGGAGGGUGAACUGAGUCCCGUAAAUACUGCCUUUUAUGUGGGCGUUGGACACACCGCCUUUGGCUGUGGAUUAGUCUGGAUUGUGCUCUCCUGCUGCUGGGGCCUGGCGCCCACAAUCAAUAGCAUUUUGUCGUGUAGGGUGCUGUGGCCGUUGUCCCGUCUCACCUACUGCGCCUACCUUAUUCAUCCCAUCAUCAUGUUCAUUUGCUCCUCGCGCAUGAGUGGCACAGUCCAUUUGAAUAAUACGAUGUUAAUGACCAUAUUUCUGGGCAACGCAGUCGUCUCCUUUGGCUUGGCCUUUGUAUUGUCAGCACUAUUCGAGGCGCCGGUCAUUCGGAUGCUCAAGAUAUGUUUCAAGAAGUAGUACAGAUGCGCUUUCUUCAUCUCACACAGUUUUCGAAGUCAUCUCUUAACUGUUGUCCUCUCUCUCUCUCUCUAUUUUUCUGCGGUACAAGCCUUAAAGAAACCUGCAAGUCAUAGCGAUUCUUCAGCUCUCCUUCUUUUGCCUUUCCCUACACAGCUUAGUUUCAUUUGUCAGUUAGGGAGAGAUUUUCACAUGAUUCUUGCUCUUCUCACCGCAGCUGUCCUACAUCUCUUAACUGUCUCCCUCUCUCUCCCUCUCUCUCUAUCUCUCUGUUUCUUUUUUGUGCAGUAGAAACCUUAAAGGUGCAAGUCGCAACGUUUCUUCAGGUCAAGAAGAACUCCAUAUUCUCAAAUCUUUUGCCUUUCUCUACACAGCUUAGUUUCAUUUGUCAGUUAUGUAGAGAUUUUCACAUUAUUGUAAUCAAAUCUAGUGUUGAUU